AUGGCUUUAUUGAAUUUUGUUCUCGUAUCCCUAGCUAUUGCCGCGUCGCCUGCCACUGCUGAGGAGUCCGCAUCCGGCCUCCAGCCAGGGGAAGGCACGACCACCGGCGCUACCAGCGCUUCUUCUGUUCUUUCAAAGCCCGUCAGUUUAAUUUUAAGUGACAUAGAUGGCACUUUAGUAGGGAAAGAUGGAGUAUUACCCGCCGACAACGUGGAAGCUUUCCGCCUGGCACAUUCGUUGGGGAUCCAAGUGGCAGUGGCCACUGGUCGCCCUCGCGCGGGCGUCAUAGAGCUGCUGGGCAAACAGAAUCUGGAGAAAAUGGAGUUUUCAGGCAGUCCUGGAAUUUAUCUGAACGGCGCGUAUGUCUUGGGUCCCGGGGGCAAAGUCCUGCGGGAUACUCCGAUAGCGCACGACACCCUGAAGCAAGUUCUGAAUGUUAUAGAGGAGGAGGGACUGCUGCACAAAGCUAUAGGUGUCACAGAAGGGCCUUUGAUUCACUACGAAAGCGAAACAACUCAGGCAGCGCCUCAUUCCCGUGUGUAUAAGGUCCACGUUGAAGGUGAGCCCACCGCGGUGGCGAGGGUCCGCAGCCGACUGGAGACGGAGUUGGGGGAUAAAAUUGGCUUUGCGCAGAGUCAUAUGGGGGCUUUUGAGGUCGUACCGCCGGGGGUCGACAAAGGGGAAGCACUGCGGCUGCUAUGUGAGGCGUUGGGGGUGUCGCCUGAGGUGGUCUUGGUCUUAGGAAACGCCCACAACGACUUGUCCAUGUUCGAAGUAGCUGGCACUGCAGUGGCGGUUGGAGAUGGCUACGCCAGCGCAAAGGAAGCAGCAGACUUUGUUACUGUUCCCAGCACGGGGGGGGCGUUGAUGCAGGUGUUGCUGGAUAUCAUUGCGGGGAACCUCUGGCCCAAGUCGUCGCCUCCCGAGGGCACUGACACUGACGGUGCACAAAGCCGCACAGACUGA